AUGAGCACUCCUAGAUAUCAAGUUAAAUCUUCAUCCCGUCGAAAGCUUGGCCGUCGCAAGAUCGCUAUGCAAAAGAUAGAGAAGGAGACCAACCUUCUAGUCACUUUCUCGAAGCGCCGGUCUGGAGUUUUUAAGAAAGCAAGCGAGCUAUGCACUUUGACGGGUGCAGAGGAUGGCGUCGUAGUGUUUUCUCCUAAUAAUAUAAGUGGAGGUGAUCAGUGGAGAGAGGGUCGAAAUUUGGCUUGGAUUCGGCAAUACGAGCUCGACCAUUUGGCUCGACUGGAAGCAGAGAUAGCUGUAGAGAAAGCACGGGACGAAAAAUUGCUGAGGAUGAGAGAAAAUAUGAUACCAUCAGGUAUGGAGGGGCUAAGUUAUGAGCAACUCAAUUGGUUGAGAGGAGUUGUGACCACCUUUGGAAAUGACAUGGAAUCCUUAAUGAAGAAUAUGACUGGUGGAAUGCCCGUUGCCACUCGGCCGGCUCCCAAUAUUGGUACGGAUCAUCUGUACGAAGUGGGGUCAAGCUCAAUGAUACCAUAUGAUCAAAGCUCAAGGCCCAAUGGAAGUGGCAGCAACCACAACGACGAUGGCGGAGGACUAUGA